CCUCCCAGUCCCUCCCAGUUCCCUCCCAAAACUCCUCGGAGCGAUCGCGGAGCUCCCGGUGCCGCUCCCGAUCUCGAAUCCCGGUUUCAGUCCCGGUUCCGGUCCCGAUCGUGGUCCCGGUUCGAGUCUCGGUCCCGAUCCCAAAUCCCGAUCCCGGAUCUCGAUCUCGAUCCCGUUCCCGGUACGAUCCGGUUCGGUUCGGUCCGGUUCGGUUGACGGCACCGGGGAUGAAGAUCGCGAUCUUCGGAGCCACCGGCAGAACCGGGCGGGUCACGCUGGGGCUGGCGCUGGAGCAGGGUUUCGAGGUGACCGUGCUGGUCCGGGACCCCUCCCGGCUGCCCGCCGGCCCCUCCCCCUCCCGGGUGGUCGUGGGGGACGCUCGGGACCCCGGGGCCGUGGGGGCGGCGCUGCAGGGCCAGGAUGGGGGCGCUUCCUGCCUGGGCACCGGCAGCGACCUCGGCCCCACCACGGUGAUGUCCGAGGGCACCAGAACCAUCCUGGAGGCCAUGGCCGAGCACGGCGUGCGCAAGGUGGUGGCGUGUCUGUCCGCUUUUCUCCUGUGGGAUCCUGAGCGCGUCCCGGAGCGGCUGCGGGCGCUGACCGAGGACCAUCGGCGCAUGGAGCGGCUCCUGCGGGACUCGGGGCUGCCCGCGGUGCUCGUGAUGCCCCCGCGACAUCUGGAUCGGCCGCUGACCGGGGACUACGAGGUGACCGUGGGGGCCGCGGGGGGCCCGGCUCCUCCCCGGGUGAUCUCGGCGCCGGAUCUCGGCCACUUCAUGCUGCGCUGCCUCCGCACGGAUGAGUUCGACGGGAAAAGCGUCUACGUCAGCCGGCACUACCCCAAGGAGUAGGGAUCCACCGGGAUCCACCGGGAUCCAACGGGAUCCAACGGGAUCUGGGGGGAACUGGGGGGGUCUGGUGAGGUCUGGUGGGAUUUGGGACUGGAAUCUGGUGAGAUCAGCUUGGAUCUGAUGGGGUCUGACGGGGUCUGGUGGGAUUUGGGGUGUGGAAUCUGAUGGGAUCUGGUGGGGUCUGGUGGGAU